AUGACCCGCCGCAUGGUUUUCGUUGCUUCCCUCGCCUUGGUGACAAUUUCCAAAGCCGGCGCCACUAUGCAUGACGAGACACGUUCUGUUCAUACCAAAACCAUCAAUGCCUGGGGGUAUCUCGGCCUAGUUGCUGGCGAAAUUUUCACUCUUGCCGCGGCAAUCAUCAUAAUCAUGCUGGCAUACGUAUUAUCCUACAGAAUUGCGUUUGGAAACUGGACAUGGCGGCGAGAAACCCCCGCGGAGACGGAGCUAAGUGCAAGGGGAAGACAGGCUGAGGAGUGUGUAUGA